AUGUCCUCUCUAGUAUUCUUCAAUUACAGAGGUGCGGAGCUGCGUUACAGCUUCGUCAGCCACCUCAGUGAUGCCUUUGAGAGACAUGGUAUCAACUUCUUCCUAGACAAUCAUGAACUGAGGGGCAAAGAUCUUGCAAAUCUCUUUGUGCGAAUCGAAGAGUCGAGGAUCGCACUAGCCAUCUUCUCCACAAGAUAUGCAGAGUCGAGUUGGUGUAUGGAUGAGCUUGUGAAAAUGAAGAAAUGUGUGGAUAAAGGAAAGCUCAAAGUCAUUCCUAUCUUUUACAAGAUUAGGGCAAGAGAUGUGAGAGGACAGACAGGAAAGUUUGGUGACAAAUUUUGGGAGCUAGCAAAGGUUUCUCGUGGAGAUAAGAUCAAGAAGUGGAAGGAUGCUUUAGAAUGUAUCACCGGGAAGAUGGGUUUGUCCUUGGGAAAAAAGUGGUAA